GGAGUGGCCAGGCUCUUAAAUAAUACUCGUUAUUGGUGGGUGAGCCAGGGAAGUUGGAGCUUCAAAGGGGAAUAGGGACCUUUCCAGUCGUAAUCAGUCUCAUCGUCCUGUUGUAGGUAUGUUCCUUGUCUUCUUACUGCCUCUUCCCAUCUCUAAAUACAGUACAGAAAACCUCCCGUGUUUCAGUAGAUCCAGAAAUAGCAGUCCAUUGCUAUGUGCAAGAUAGAGUGGGGAGUUCUUUGCUUAGGCACAUUUUGGUGGGAUUCCUAAAGAAUCUUGUCUUUUUUUUUUUUUCUUGAAGAAAAUUGUAACAGUAAGCAGAAACUUCCUUUUGAGUUCAACAUUUCCUGGAAAUUUUCUUGUUUUCUUAGGCCCAUUUAUUUUGGAGGAUGACGUUGUGUCUGUGACUAAGCAGCACUAAGCUUUUUAAUAUCUACUGAAAGUGCUGCCACCGAAAUGAAGCUACGUAAUACUUUUUUUCCCUAAGUCUCAGUUGUUGUAGCUUCUUUAAUUCUAAAGAUCAAACCAAGUUUUCUGGGUAAAAUGGAGGGACACAGUUAUGCCGAAAUCCCACUUCUGUGGAUAAAUUUUCCCCGUCUGUUACAGAACAGUGACUCUGGAAUAUAUUUUCUAGAAGCUAAAGAGAAUUAACUUUUAAGUUUGAGUUAUUUUAAAGUCUUGAGCUGUAAUUCUUCAUUAGUGACUAAUAUCACACAUUGCAUUUGCUGAUAUAGUAAAAUGUAUUAGAGCUACAAGUUCAGGGAAUAGCUUUCUCCUAAGGACAAAAAAGAUAAGAGCUUUAACAAUGAGCAGCCAGAUUUUGCCAGCGUGUAUCACCAGAGAACAUCCGGUGGUCUCGCCUUGAGAUUCUCUAGAAUGAGCGUGAGUAGCAGAUGGAGUUUCCAAGCUGGCUUUGUUCAGAAUCUGCGCCACCACCACCUUUUGGCUCAGUUUUACAUAUGAAGUACAGUUUGGGUUGUGAUUUAAGUAUUUGGUAGGAAGGGGAGAAUUUUGAACAACCAGACAGAGAAAGACUAAAUUAAUAGUUUUAACCUUACCCGCAAGGCAAGCUUGAAUGAGUUUGACAUAUCUACUUAGAAGGUUUUACUUUUUGUUUUGUUUUGUUUGGUAACUUGUCAGCUUAGUCAUAAUACUGUACAUUAAUAAAAUGAGGGUAUGUUAUCAUUUUGUGAAACCUCUGUUGUUCCCCCCACAGUUCUGGUGCUUUUACUUGAGAAACACUAGCUGAUGGUAGCAGUGCUUUAUAACCUACUGACAGUUACCCUCUUUGAGUAAUUACUUUCUUUUAAUAAAAAGUUGAAGAGAUUAAAAUAGAAACCACAGAUGUUUUCAGCCAUAGUGAAGGAGGUGUACCAGUUUUAAAGGAUUAAAAGGAAGUGGCUCUUUACCCAUGUGACCUUUUGUUACUGACAGUGUAUGUAUGGCUUGCGCUAAUUUUUGUAAUGUUUAGUGAGGUAAUUCUUCAACAUCAGAUUCUAUUUGUUUGGAACAUCAGCUUCCCACUAUUAUCAAAAUCACCUACCCCUAGACAUAGUAGGUGAAUGUAUUUUUGCUAAAAACUGUCUCUUUGGUGGAUACUCUAUAGCAGAAUGUCGUUAUCUUCUCUAUUGAUUAAAAAAUAAUUCAAAAAAGUAAUAAUUCAGAGUAUUUUAAAAAAUAAGGUAAGCCAGGAUAAGUAAUCACGUUUGGUUUGUUUUUCUUCUAAAAAUAAAUCUCAACUGAAAAAGAAACUGUGAAAGUUUCUGUAAUAUGUGUUUGCUCACCUUGACUCCAUAAGAUUUCCAUAUCGUGUAAUUCUGUCUAUGGAUCUACUUUUUUUUCACCUAUUUCACAUGUUUGCCCAUGAAUUCUCUGUGUAGGUGUGUAAAAUUAAUUUCUUUCCAAGUUCUGUUGAAAAUCUGUUGAAGUUGACACAUUGCUUUAUGUAUUGUGAGAGAAUUAAAGCAACCAGCAAAUCUUUUUGAUGUCCAAACUACAGGAACGUUCCCCCACUUUGACUCUACCAGUUCCUGAUCUUAAAGAUGGCAAAGGAGUGGAGACUAUAACCCUGCAUGCUGUGUGGUUUGCAUUGUUAACCCAAGGUUUGCUUGUCUGUUUCCUAAUUCAAACAGAGCGUCAGAAGCCAUGAUGCAUGUAGUGUGUGUGUACUGCAGCUGGAGUGGGCCCCAGACCAGGACUUAGGCCAGUGAAACUGACCAUCUCAGCUACAGGAGGACUAUAUGCUGCUUUCCUAAGAAAAGCGGUAAAGAAACUACCUCACUGGGAAUGUCAUCAUUACCAACUUCAGAUGGAUUUAACCAUCAAGCCCAUCCUUCAGGACAGAGUCCUGAGAUUGGUAAUCCUUCACGUCUUGCUCACUCUGUCUCUGCUUCAGUCUGCCCUGUUGAGCCCAGCGACCCAGACAGCAUUGAACCUAAAGCUCUGAAGGCUUUGAAGGCUUCAGCUGAAUUCCAGGUAACCUGUGAAAAGAAAGAACAUCUUCCUCUACAGGAUCUUUCUGAUUAUGCUUCUUCAGCAGACAGUGCUCCAGCAGACCAGAGGCCAGCUAUGCCUUUGCAGAAUUCACUCGAAGAAGCCAUUGUUGCAGGUAAUCUAGAGAAAUCUGCUGAAAGAAGCACCCAGGGCCUCACAUCUCAUCUCCACACCAGACAGGAAGUUAGUUUAUCUGUCACUGGGAUGGAAGAACCACAGAGGCUUAAAGAUGAAAAGGGUUGGCAUCCAGAAUAUCAGGACCUGAGUCAAGCGAGUGGCCUUCAGCAGCAUGAAGAACCGAGGACUGGACAGCAUGAGGUUAUACAGCAGAAUGCUCCCCAUGACCGAGCACGUCUCUGUAACACAGGGGACCUUGAACUUCUUGGAGAAAGGCAACAGGAUCAACAAAGAAGUAUUGGUUCGGAAGCUACGAUGGAAGGAGACAGGCUAGAGCAGACUGUGGACCUUUCGGGUACAGAGAAAAAUAUUCUACCUUCAGGGUGCUUUGGCUGCUCAAGUUCAGAAACACUUAUGGAAGUAGAUAUAGUUGAACAGUCCCUAGCUGCUGUGCUCAAUUCAGCAGGUGGUCAGAAUACCAGUGUCAAGAAUAUCAGUGCAUCUGAUCUCACCUUAGAUAAUCCCUUGAUGGAAGUAGAAACAUCAAAAUGUAACCCUUCCUCUGAAAUUUUGAGUAAUUCCAUUUCCACUCAGGAUUUACAGCUUCCAGAAAGUAAUGUUGAAAUGUCUGGAACAAGUAAAGAAUACGGGAGUUGCCCCUCCUCUUUAGUAAGUCUCUGUGGCAGUUGUCAGCCAUCUAUAGAGUCCACAGAGGAAUCUUGCUCAUCUGUAACGGCAGCCUUGAAGGAACUUCAUGAACUUUUGGUCAUUAGUACUAAACCAGCUUCAGAAAACACAUCGGAAGAAGUUAUCUGUCAAUCAGAGACAGUAACUGAGGGCCAAACAGGUAUUAAGGACCUUUCUGAGAGAUGGACCCAAAAUGAGCAUGUUACAGCUACCCAGAGUGAACACUGUUCACAGGUCUCCUUUCAUCAGGCCACAUCUGUAACAGUGAAGACAGAAGAAUUAGCAUCCACUUCAACUGACGCUGGAGUAGAAGAUGAAGAAAAUAUUAACUUCAGGGGUCCAGGUGAUGGCGUAUUAACUGAUAGGGAAGGUGUCCCCAAGUCUAAGGAGUCAGUAAAUGAGAGCAGUUCUGUCACUGUAGCCUCAGCUGAAACGUCCAAUCAACUACAUUGCACCUUUGGCGCAGAAAUUUCACCCAGACUUCUAGCAGGUGAGGAGGAUGCACUCAAUCAGACUUCUGAGCACACUGAGUCCUUGUCGUCCAGUUUCAUAUUGGUUAAAGAUUUGGGCCAGGGCACACGGAAUCCAGUGACAGACAGGCCUGAGACUAGAGAAAAUGUCUGUUCUGAAGCUGCAGGGCCACUUCUAGAAUUCGUACCACCUACCAGCCAGCCAUCAUCAAGUCCCUCCUUUCUUGCACCGUUAAUUUUUCCUGCUGCGGACAUUGACCGGAUUCUCCGUGCCGGCUUUACUUUGCAGGAAGCUCUUGGGGCUUUGCAUCGAGUUGGUGGAAAUGCAGACCUUGCACUUCUUGUUUUGCUAGCAAAGAACAUUGUAGUUCCUACAUAACCAUGGAAACGUGGGCUAGACCAUACUCCAUUCCCUUACAAAAAGCUAUAUAUUUACACAUACACACUCACCACAUAUACAGUAUAUGUAGAAACCUGCAAGCAGAAUGUUGAGCCAGAUUUUUUUUAAAGAUUUUUUUCGGCCAAAGUAAUUUAUGGUCUCUUGUCUGAUGAAUUUGUCUAUUCUAUUUGUUGAAAUUUGGGCCUUUUAAAAUGUAUUGGCAGUAUGUGCAUACAGGAGCUUUUUAUUAACAUUAAGAUGAUGUAUUCUGGAAUGAAAUGGGUGGUUUUGUGUAUA